AUGUUAUCUGAGGAACACGGGGUACGAGUCGCGGUUGAGCGAGUUCUGGGCGUGCGUGGCCCCGGAGCCGUUAAUGAUUGGAGGUUCGCAAAGGACGUCGUGUGCGAGAUCUUGAUACAGCUGCGGAUUGACAGAUCUUCAACGCGUACUUUGAGAUUCGGGAUAUUGAAGAAGCAUGUUAAGCUCGUUCUGGCGUAUUGGGCAAUGUCUAUCCCGCCACGCCCGGAUAGCAAUAGCCCUUUAGCUAUUCCACCGCGGAACGAGAACUCCUCGGCCUCCAUCUCCAGCUUGGAUCUCAUCAACAAGGUCAUCAGCCUUCGGUCUAGAGAUCUGAGCGUGGACAACCCCUAG